CAAAUUACUGGAUAUGAUUGUUUGCAGGCAUUUGUGUAUUUGUCACCUUUGUUCCUCCACUUCAAGAGUGUGACAAUGUUCAUCAUAAACCCUCCACUCACUGUGCAGUAUAAGUAUCAUGAACAAAUGGCAGGAGAUAAAAGAAGUGGAUUGGGUCGUGGCGCAAUACUUCAACAAGCCUCUAAUCAACCUAAACCUGGUGUAGCUCACCACUACAAGCCUGUGAGUGUGGAGGGAGGGCUGCCAGGCGCUCCACCAGCCAUUCCAGGGGAGUGUGCUGUGCAUCACUCCUGGCGGUACCUCUCCAAUGCACCUGUAGCUUACCAGAUGCAGCAGAUGCUGGAUGCCAAGGAGGGUCAGUCAGAUACAUUGUUGUCAUUUACACAACACACCACCACUACUGCUGCUUAUGCCACUGCUCCCACCACUACUGACCUUCCUGAAAAGGCACCACUGAAUGUAGUACAUGGAGGUGGUGCUAGUUCAACCAAGGACAAUAAUGGUGGAAAUGGUCUGUGGGAGCCAUGGUGCCCAGACCCAUACUUCUGCCCACCACCUAAUGUUGCCUCACCUACUGAGUUCCCUCAGCUUGAGCGUGGUGGUCCUGCCUUCAGAAAGAAAAUGUAAAUGAUAGAAGUUGUCCAAAUAUUUUCUUUUAUGACUAGUGAAUAAGACUUGCAUCCUCAUUGAAUCCAGAUACUGAAUUGCAGAUGUUAGAUUUUAAAGUUCAAGUUGUUUGAUCAGGUCUUUGUAUUCAGGUAUUUUAUUGAGAAUGUGAGUGUAAACUAUGUCCUGUUGUUUUAUCAAAGACUUGUUAGGAAAACAAGAUUUUUAUAAUAGAGAUAGAGAAUUGUAUGAAGUUCAGAAGGAUUUAAAGAACUGCACUCAUAUAAUUCUUGUAACUAUGAAAGGAACUGAUUGUGCAUUGGUUUAAUGUAAAAGCAACUUAGUUUUGUAUGUUUGUUGUCAGUGGAAUUGGAAGAAUAGGAAUGAGUAACAAGUGUUCUUACAUGCAUGCAUGUGUACACACACACACACACACACUAUUAUAAAAUUAUGAUUAUCCAAAUACAAAAUUGGAAAGAGUACAAAGAGCAGUCACUAAGAUGGUUCUGGAGUUGAGAAAUUUGACCUAUGAAGAGAGAUUAAGAAUGUUGGAAAUUCCUACCCUUGAAAAUAGGAGAGAGAGAGAGAGAGAGAGAGAGAGAGAGAGAGAGAGAGAGAGAGAGAGAGAGAGAGAGAGAGAGAGAGAGAGAGAGAGAGAGAGAGAGAGGAAAUUUAAUAAAAAUCUAUAGAAUGAUAAAUGGUAUGGAGAAUGUGGACAAAGAAUGUUUUAUAAAUUUAGACACAAGGAGUACAAGGGGACACAGUAAGAAGUUGAAGAAAGUUAACUUCAGAAGAGACAUCAAGAAGCAUAGUUUUCCACAACAGAAGUGUGAACAAAUGGAAUGAACUCAGUGAAGAUGUUGUGAAUGCCAAACCUGUCCAUGCUUUUAAGACCAAACUGGUUAGAUAUAGAGACAGGAUACUAUGAGAUUACUCCCCUCCCAUAAACCAAAACUAGGUAAACACACACACACACACACACACACACACACACACACACACACACACACACACACAAGACUAGAUUAGACUAGAAUAUGCAGCAGUAGUGUGGUCGCCAUACAAGAAAAGGGAUAUAAGGAAGUUGGAGAGAGUUCAGAGAGCAGCUACAAAGAUGGUACCAAGUAUCAGGGACUUGUCAUAUGAAGAGAGACUGGCAAGGAUACAUCUACCAAUGAUGGAAAAGAGGAGAGAAAGGGGAGAAUUGAUUGCGAUAUAUAUAAAGCAUAUGAAGGAGUAGAGGAGGUGGACCGGAGCGACUUAAUGGUCUGGGAUACACGGGACACUAGAGGACAUGGAAAGAUGCUGAAGAGGAAUGCUUGUUGAAGAGACGUCAAAAAGUAUAGUUUCCCAUAUAGAAGUAUUGAUGUAUGGAACAGUCUGGAUGAGGAGAUAGUAAAUGCAGAAAGUAUACAUGGAUUCAAGGCUAAGUUGGAUAUUAAAAGAUAUGGAGAUGGGACAGCAUGAGCAUAGCUCUUUUCCCAUAAUGCACAACUAGGUAAACACACACACACACACACACACACACACACACACACACACACACACACACACACACACACACACACACACACACACACACACACACACACACAGAGACUGGUUUAAUACAAGAUGUAUAACGGCAAUAAAAGAAAAAGAAGCAGCUUGGAAUAGAUGGAGAAAAAAAGGAGGAAGUGAGGAAUGGGAAGAAUUCAAGAAGGCAAGGAACGAAGGUAAGAAACCUGAGAGAUGAAGAAAGGAAUUAUGAGAAAGAUACAGUUUGCAAAGAUGCAAAGAUGAGCCAAAGUUAUUCUUCAGAUAUGUGAAUGGGAAGAUGAAAAAUAAGCAAACAAUGGAUAAAUUAAUGAAAGAUGACGUUACAUGUGAUGAUGCACAGUUACAAGCGGAAUUAAUGAACAAGUGCUUCCAGUCAGUAUUCACCAAAGAAAGCAAAUUUGAAGGAGAAAGAGCAUGGCACAGAGACAAUGUGAUGAGAGAGAUACAGGUGGACAUAAGUGAAAUUAAGAAGAUUAUGAAAGAUUUGGAUGUGAGUAAGGUUCAAAGACCAGAUGGGUGUCCAACUGUGUACUUAAGGAAUGUUGUGAACAACUGGUAGGAAGUAUACACAAUACCAUAGUAUGUUCUUUUAAGGAAGGAAAAAUACCUCUUGACUGGAAGAGAGCCAAUAUUGUGCCCAUUUUUAAAGGAGGUAAUAAAAAAAGACCAGUGUCCCUAACAAGUGUGGUGGCAAAAAUAGUGGAAAGAAUAGUUAAAAACAGAUGGAUGGAAUAUUUAGAAGAAACACACACAUUGACUGACAGACAAUUUGGUUUCAGAAGUGGAAGAUCUUGUGUCACGAAUUUAGUGAGCUUUUAUAGUAGAGCAGUUGAUAUAAAUCAAGAGAGAGGGUUGGGCAGACUGUUUAUUUAGAGCUAAAAGAAGCAUUUGAUAAGGUACCACAUCAGAGACUGCUAUAGAAAAUUCAAAAUAUAGGAGGUUUACAAGGCAACACACUGAAUUGGAUUACAGACUUCUUGAGAGACAGAGAAAAUCAGAAUGGUGUAGAGUUACAAGUGGAGUACCACAGUGGACAGUCUUAGCCCUUGUAAUGUUUCUGGUGUAUGUCAACGAUAUGAUGGAUGAGGUUGAUAAGUUGUAUGUCUGCAGAUGAUGCAAAAUUAUUGAAAAGAGUGGAAAACAAUAUGGAUUGAAAUAUUACAGAAAGAUCUAAAUAAGAUAUAUAAAUGGAGUAAGAAAUGGGAAAUGGAAUUCAAUGCAAAGAAAUGCAAGGUGAUGGAAUUAGGAAAAAGCAAAAGAAGACUGACAAGUUCCUACACAUGGGAGAAGUGGAAAUUAAGAAAACCAAAGUAGAAAAAGAUUUGGGAAUUACAAUAAGUGAGAAUUUAUCACCUGAAAAAAACAUGUAAACAAAAUAGUUGGGGAAACCUAUGAGUUACUAAGAAAGAUGAAAGGGGCAUUUAUUUACAUGGAUGAAGAGAUGAUGAAAAAGUUGAUGGAAUAUGUGAUUUGACCAAAACUGGAAUAUGCCACAAUUGUUUGGUCACCCCAUAAUAAAAAGGAAAUAAGGAAAAUAGAAAGGAUCCAAAGAGCUGCAACCAAAUUGGUACCAAGUUUGAGAGAUUUAACCUAUGAAGAAAGAUUAGGGAGAUUGAAGCUUCCAUCAUUACAAGAGAGAAGAGAAAGAGGGGACCUGAUUGCUAUAUACAGAACUUUAAAGGGUAAGGAUCAAGUUGACAAAGAAGACUCAUUUGUGUGGGACUCAAGAGAUACAAGAGGACAUGGAGUGAAAUUGAGGAAAACAGCAAGUAGAAGAGGUGUCAAGAAAUAUGGUUUCCCAAAUAGAAACAGAAAUAUGGAACAACUUAGAUGAAACAGUGGUACAAUCAACAAAUAUUCAUAAAUUUAAAGUUAAGCUGGAUGCUUAUAGAUAUGGAGACAGGACAGCAUAAGCAUAGCUCUUUUCCUGUAAAACACAACUAGGUAAAUACACACAGACAGACAGACAGACAGAUAGACAGAGAUACACACACACACACACACACACACGCACACACACGCACACACACACGCACGCACACACACACACACACACGCACGCACACACACACACACACACACACACACACACACACACACACACACACACACACACACACACACACACACACACACACACACACACACACACACACACACACACACAGACAGACAGACAGACAGAUACAGACAGACAGAUAGAUACAGACAGAUACAGACAGACAGACAGAUACAGACAGACAGACAGAUACAGACACACACAAACAGACAGAUAAAGACACACAGACAGACAGACAGAUAGAUACAGACAGAUACAGACAGACAGACAGAUACAGACACACACAAACAGGCAGAUAAAGACACACAGACAGACAGACAGAUUGAUACAGACAGACAGACAGACAGAUACACACACACACACACACACACACACACACACACACACACACACACACACACAGACAGACAGACAGACAGACAGACAGACAGACAGACACACAGACAGACAGAUACAGAUAGACACACAGACAGACAGAUACAGACAGACAGACACACAGACAGAUACAGACAGACAAACAGAUACAGACACACACACAGACAGAUACAGACACACACACACAGACAGAUACAGACACACACACAGACAGAUACAGACACACACACACACACACAGACAGACACACACACACACACACACACACGUGUAUAUACAAUCACACACUCCUUCACUCACAUUUUCACUCACACUCAUUUAUUCACUCACUUUCACUCACUCACUUUCACUCAUUCCUUCCUUCACUCACAUUCCUUCACUCACAUUCCUUCACUCACUCACUCACUCAUCAGUUGCAGACCACUUUGUUCUAUUUUUCAUUACUUCAGUAUUUUUGCAUUACUUUAGUUAAGAUUAUUUUAAGGAUAUUGUCUGUUGCUAUGGUUGUGUGGAGAGUGAUAUUAUUUAAGCAUUUUUUUUUAUUAUGUAAAUACUUGUUAAAAUGGGUGUUGACAUAUCCCAGUAGCAUGCUGAACUGUACAUCUUAUACAGAAUGUUUAGUGUUACACUUCUAACAUAUUAGAAUUGUAUGAUAUCACUUAUUGCAGGUUACCUAGGAUCCUAAGUUUUGUUCAUAUGCAAUGUAGAUUGGCUUUUUCUUAAGGACAGACAACCUCAGACUGUCUGGACUUGACAGAAGACUUGAUUGUGAGAACUUUAGAUUAAGGAACACAUGUUGGCAAGGUAGUGUGCCAGUAACAAAGCUGUCAUGUAGAGUAACUUAUCCAAUUCCUGUUCAUGGUAGGUUUUCUUUGUCAGAAUAAGUGGUAGUGAUUUUUCACUAGUUUUGAUGUUGGCACAUGCUUUUCAUACAUGGACUGCCCCACAGAAAUCUUAUAGCUUCUUGCAGUUUCCCUUAUUUUCUUGUUUAUUUUGUUUGGAUGUAUUUGCUAGUUUCAGAGUUGAAUAAGAUUAAAGUCAUCUUAGAUAUAAUAAAAAUCUAUUAUGUAU